AUGGAUGCCACCAAAACGACGACUAAUCCAAAUCCUCGGGAGAAAGCCAAUUUUUUAUCAGUCUUAUUUUGGACAUGGACACUGAAACUUUUUAGAACUGGAUAUUCUAAAAUUUUAGAACCAGAGGAUUUAUUUGAUCCGCUAAAAAUCGAUCGAUCGAGUGUUCUUGGUGAUAGAUUAGAAAAGCAAUGGAAUUUAGAAUUAGAAAGCACCAAGAAAUCGAAACGCCGUCCAAACUUUUUGAAAACUAUUUUUCGAUGUUUUGCAUGGGAAUAUUUCAUGUUUGGAAUAUUACAUACCUUCAAUGAAUUUAUUCUUCGAUUAGGAACGCCAUUACUUUUAGGACAGCUCUUAAGAUAUUUCCGAGGAACUGGGGGCAGUUAUUAUAAUGAUGCAUUAAUGUACGCUGGUGGAAUUUGUUUAGCAACAGGAAUUAAUGCCAUUACUUUAAAUCAAUCAAUUUUCGGAGCAUUUCAUCUUGGUGGUAAAAUACGUAUUGCCGUGUGUUCAGUUGUUUAUCGCAAGGCUUUGCGAUUAAGUACGACAGCGUUAGGUGAAACCGCACCGGGAAAAAUAGUAAAUUUGGUAGCAAACGAUGUCAAUAGAUUUGAUCUUGUAUCAAUCUUUCUUCACCACAUGUGGUCAGCACCGUUAACGACAAUAAUAAUAGGAUACUUUUUAUAUACAGAGGCUGGUUAUGCUGGCAUACUGGGAAUUGGGGCUGUAUUUAUUGUUGUACCAAUCCAAUCAUAUACUGGUAAACUGUCGUCAAAGUUUCGCUUACAAACGGCGAUCAAGACCGAUGAACGUGUCCGUUUAAUGGAUGAAAUAAUAUCUGGUGUGCAAGUGAUCAAAAUGUAUGCAUGGGAAAAACCAUUUUGUACAAUGAUAGCGUUAGCGCGAAAAUUAGAACUUAAAGUGGUGCAAAAAAAUUCGUGGAUUCGGGGUAUUUUUAUGACUUUUAAUUUAUUCACAACACGUGUCGCUAUUUACUGUACACUUGUUGGUAUGUUAUUUUUUGGCCAGCAAAUAACUGCCGAAAAAGCAUUUGUCUUUUCAUCGUUGUUUAAUAUAUUAGCGCACACAAUGUCUGCAAUGUUUGUUCGUGGUAUUGCUGAAAUAGCUGAAUGUAUCGUAGCUGUUCGAAGAUUACAAUAUUUCCUGAUGUACGAUGAAGUCGAAAAUGUCAAUCGCACUGUUUAUUCUGGGAGAUUAUCUGUAGAUCAUGGAAGUAUUGGUGUCAAUAAUAAACUGUCAUCAUCAACAAAGUUUGAUUUACCGUACAUUGAUGAUGAAAGUAAUGAUGUGACUUCUGAUACUAUCAAUACAAAAUUAAUAAGACAUAAUGAACCAACUAGUGUUCCACAAAAUAAGCAUCAAAAUGAUAAAAACAAAUCAUGGGCCGUUAAACUUACAAACGUAACAACAAAGUGGGAACCGAGUAAUCCGGAAAACACUUUACAAGAUAUUAACUUUAAAUUAGAACGUGGCAAAUUGUAUGCGAUUAUUGGAGCAGUAGGUGCGGGUAAAAGUUCACUGUUAUCUGCUAUACUUGGAGAAUUACCUCUGAUGCAGGGAAGUGUGGAAUUGAAAGGUGGAUUAAGUUAUGCAGCUCAAGAAGCCUGGGUUUUUGGUUCAACGGUACGUCAAAAUAUUAUUUUCGGAGAACCAUAUGAUCGUCAACGAUAUCAAAGAGUUGUAAAAGCUUGCGCAUUAUUGAGUGAUUUCAAACAAUUCCCACAAGGUGAUCAGACGAUCGUAGGUGAACGUGGGAGUUCAUUGUCUGGUGGGCAGAAAGCGCGGAUUAAUUUAGCACGUGCUGUAUACCGUCAAGUGGAUAUUUAUAUUUUUGAUGAUCCAUUAAGCGCUGUUGAUACGCAUGUGGGUAAACACUUAUUUGAAGAGUGCAUUCAAUAUUAUUUAGCUGGCAAGACACGUGUCCUAGCAACUCAUCAAUUGCAAUAUAUCAAAAGUGUUGACGGGAUUCUGCUAAUGGAACACGGCACAGUGCGAUUGUUUGCAAAUUACAUGGAUUUGUUAGCUAUAUGUCCAGAUUACUCGACUCUACUGGCAUCUGACUCGACGAGUGAAAAUGAUGAAUCAUUGUCACUAUCAGCUGAAAAAAUAUCAAUGCGUCGUCAGUGGUCAAGCGCGAGCAAUCGCAGCCGAACACCUGAUCAAUCCGGUGGUGAUACAGACGUUGAAGAUGACGAGGAGGAAAAUGAAGUGAUAAAUAAUAUUGAAGGCACAUCUCGUGGUGUCAUCAAAGGUUCAAUAUUCAUGAAAUAUUUUAGAUCCGGGGCGAACAUUUGCUUUGUCAUUAUGGUCGGCAUUUUAUUCUUAUUAACGCAAGGAGCAGCAAGUCUUAAUGAUUAUUUUGUUCAGAUUCUCGUAAAUGAAGAAGAGACACGUUAUGUGGAGCAUUUGACCAAAAGUAGUAACAAUACAGACGAACCAGCUGUUAACCAAUAUGAUAUUACUCCAGCUUUUCCGUAUGUAUACGCUUACACAGGAAUUGUGUUGUCAGUGUUCGUAAUCGGAAUUACAAGAUCACUAUCAUUUUAUGCUCUUUGUGUAAAAGCAAGUCAACGCUUACAUGAUUGGUCAUUUGAAGCAUUAAUUAGAACGAGUAUGCGUUUCUUUGACACAAAUCCAAGUGGCAGAAUAUUGAAUCGCUUCUCCAAAGACAUGGGUGCUAUUGAUGAGUUAUUACCCAAAGCAUUGCUUGAUGCUGGACAAAUAAUAAUGAUGAUGGUUGGUUCCUUAGUAAUUGUUUGUGUCGUUAAUCCAAUAUUCAUCGUACCGCUAGUUAUCAUUGCAUUUAUAUUUUAUUGGAUCAGAAAAGUGUAUUUGAAAACAAGUAAAAAUGUUAAGCGUUUAGAAGGUAUGAUGAGAUCACCAGUAUUCACGCAUUUAAAUACAACACUCAAUGGUUUGUCGACAAUACGUGCUUACGGUGCUCAAAAUAUACUUAAAAAAGAAUUUGAUAAUUUCCAAGACUCACACAGUUCGUCGUGGUACAUGUUUAUUACGACAAGUACGGCUUUCGGUUUUUCGUUGGACUUAUUUUGUUUUCUUUUUACAGCGAUUGUAACAUUUAGUUUUGUAUUGAUAGAUAUGGGUAUAUCAGGUGCUGAAGUUGGUUUGGCAAUCACAACUGUUAUGUCAAUGACUGGAAUGAUACAGUGGGGAAUGCGCCAGGGUGCUGAAGUUACAAACCAAUUAAUGUCAGUUGAGCGCGUACUUGAGUACACAUUAUUGCCACCCGAAGAUAAUGUAUUUGAUGAAAAACAAAUGUUGAAGAAGACAAAGGCCAAAACCUCCAAAAAGAAAGGGAUUCUUGUUGAAGAGAAGAUUGUAAAUCAUUCACCGGAAUCAUGGCCAACCGAGGGAUGUAUCAAAUUUCAUCAUGUGUACAUGCGUUAUGUAGAAGAAGAUCCUCCAGUACUUAAGGGGCUGAAUAUAGUUAUCAAAGCCAAAGAAAAAGUGGGCAUUGUCGGUAGAACAGGCGCUGGUAAAUCUUCACUUAUUUCUGCUUUGUUCAGAUUAGCUAAAGUUGAAGGUGUCAUUGAAAUCGAUGGCAUCGAUACGGGUUCUAUUUAUCUCGAAGAUUUGCGUCGAAACAUUUCGAUUAUACCUCAAGAUCCGGUAUUAUUUUCCGGGACACUACGUAAAAAUUUGGAUCCAUUCAAUGAGUUUAAGGAUGAAGCGCUGUGGUCAGCAUUAGAAGAAGUCGAGUUAAAAGAUUCAUUUGCGAUGGUAAAUGGAUUAGACUCACGAGUGUUUGAUCGUGGUACCAAUUUCAGUGCUGGACAGCGACAAUUGGUUUGUCUUGCGCGCGCUAUUUUACGAAAUAACAAAGUACUUAUGCUUGAUGAAGCCACGGCAAAUGUUGAUCCACAUACUGAUGGUCUCAUUCAGCGUACAAUACGCACCAAGUUUUCUGAGUGUACUGUGCUGACAGUUGCUCAUAGACUCAACACUAUUAUGGACAGUGAUAAGGUUUUAGUUAUGGACAAAGGACGUAUGGUUGAAUUCGAUCAUCCGUGUAUUCUAUUGAAAAAUGAUCAUGGUCACUUUACAUCGCUUGUUAAACAAACAGGCCGUGCAAUGACUGAUCAAUUGAUGCGUAUUGCGAAACAAGCAUAUGAUAACAAACUUAAUGGUUAA